UUUUUGACGCUUGCGCAACUCAAUGUUGUGAUUUUAACUGUAGCAACAUGUCUGCCUCCAUGGUGCGAGCGACCGUCCGAGCGGUCAGCAAAAGAAAGAUACUGCCUACAAGAGCUGCACUGACACUGACUCCAUCGGCUGUGAGCAAGAUCAGGUUAUUGUUGCAGAACAAGCCGGAAUAUAUCGGUUUGAAGGUCGGAGUGAGAACACGUGGCUGUAAUGGGCUGACUUACACACUGGACUACACCAAGGAGAAAGACAAGUCUGAUGAGGAAGUGCUGCAGGAUGGUGUGAGGGUGUUCAUAGAGAAGAAGGCUCAGCUGACCCUUCUGGGAACUGAGAUGGACUUUGUGGAGUCAAAACUGUCCAGUGAAUUUGUCUUCAACAAUCCCAACAUCAAGGGCACAUGCGGCUGUGGCGAAAGCUUCAAUAUCUGAGGACCAUGGAGCCUCGGACCUCCCGCACCCUCCCCGCUCCAAACCCAUGUCCCACCUAUAAAGACUGAGAGACUGAAUGCUAACGAGGAAGACGGACAUGAGGAAAUCUCUGAGAUGUGGACGUGCCUGCAUUUCUACAAAUGCUCUUCCUGCAGACCACUCGUACACGCACAUUCGUGAAACCCAGUUAUGCAUGUUCAUGCUUAGAGGAAGGUUUUAAUACAAUCAGUGUAGUCAAAACCGCCUCAGCAAAUUGAUUUUAGGCCCAGAUACCUCCUGAUGUUAACUGCUUUUUUUUUUUUUCAUUCUUAGAACCUCAGAAGGACCUCAGAAGCAGGGUGUUUUUUAAUUUAGGGACUCGCUGCCGUCUCGCACACACACGCACAUUAUCUUCAGAUUUCAUCACGACCUUUACGCAGGAGGAUAUGGUACAACAUGACCAACAACGUGCUCACUGAAGCUGAGAGGUGAUCAGGUUUAAGUUGGUAAAGCUAAGAGAAUGACGGUGUACCACCUAUCAUUCAGUGAUGUACCAGCAGAAUGCAAAAGGCGAAGCGUUUUAGUGUCUUGAAACUGCUUUAUUAGUUUGUAAAGUAUAUAUUUAUCUCUGUGUACAUAUAAAGAAUGUAAAUCACCCUUGAACAACAAACGCACAACAAAACAACACACCAAACAUGUAUCCCUCACAGAAGAAUACAUGAGGUUUAUGUUGGAUUAUAUUUUGCUUGAUCAAAGCCAGAACUUUGAUCAAGCAAGACUUUAUGCUCUUAAGAUGUGUAACCUGUGCAAUAUGUCUGUGUACAGAUGAAAUAAUAAAAAAUAGCUAAAUCCUGUAUUAUGAAA